AUGGCUGUCAAGUGUGCUGAGAAAGCCCCACCCCCUCCCCACGGCCGCCUCCUCUGGCUGUCUGCUGAGGCCCACAUGCGCGCCUGCCUGCUGGCUGCACAACCCACAUGGGUGGGCCCUGCUCUUGUCCAGCUGCUCUGUGGCCUGGUUGGCCCCACACAUCUCUUCCUGCCCAGCCUGGUGCUGGACAUGGCCAAGGUCCUGCUGGGUAACUACUGCUUCCCGGAGAGCCUGAUGGGGAAGCAGGGAGCCAGGCAGGCCAUCAAGUGUGGGGAGAGCCUGGGCACUUCAGACCCUCAGACACUGGCCCACGUCCUGACGGCGGCAGGAGUGCAGAGCUCCUUGAAGGACCCCCGCCUGGCCACCUCCUAUGAGCCCACGGCAAGUCCCAGCACUCACCAACCUCACACAGAGGAACUGCUUGUCCGGCUACAGAGCAUCCGCCAUGACGUUCUGGAGGGCGACGUGGUCCUGCGGGUGGACGACAUCCCGAGCCAGGAGGUGGUGAGCAAGUUCGGGGGCUUCCUGGAGGCCAGCGUCCGGAGGGAGCUCAGGCACUGCACGGGGAGCCACAUUUCUGGCAUCCCCUACACCACCUCCUACCUGCACCCAGGAAAUCCAGCCCUGUACCUGGACGUCAUCUAUGACCGCCCCCCCCCCCAAUACAACCACCGAGAUCGGGACCUGCCCCAGGUCCUGGGGGGGACGAGGUACAGCGCCCACAGGGACUUGGUGGUCCUCACCAGCGGCCGCACCGCCGGAGUAGGGAGGACACGGCGCACAUCCUCAGUGGCGCGGGGCCAUCGUGGUGGGCAAGCGAACCUGGGCCUGGGCCUCCUGACGCGGAGGCUAGGCCAGCCCCAUUUCCUCCUCGCGGUGCCCGUGUUGGCCCCGGGGGCCCUGGGCGGGGGCACCCGCUGUGGGAAGGCAGUGGGUGCUGCCUGUGUGGACACGCCCGCGGGGCAGGCCCUAGAGGAGACCCUGCGGGAACUAGCGCUGGGGACCCCCGCGGGGCUCCUGGGCUCCCCGAGCGGGGUGUACCUGUUCACCAGCCACCGCAUGGCCAGGCUGGCCGCCGAGGAGCUGGCCGUCCUGCAGUCGCUGGGCUGGGCCCCACUGCGGGGCGAGAUCACUGUCACCGCGGGCCCCCGAGCACAGAGCACUGCCCCUGCUGCAGCCGAGGGCGGCCUGGCGCUCACGGUGCCCUGCACCCUCAUCAACAACCUCAGCGAGCGCUGGCUGGGGCGCGGGAGGCCCGAUGGCAGCGGGCUGGCCGAGGAGGCCCUGCACAGGGCCCGGGAGGUGCUGGCGUUCCACCGGGGCCUGGGCCUUGGUAAAGGGCACGUGUGUCUGCUGGAGGCUCACUAUGCACAGCCUGUCGGGCAGAUAGGAGACCUGCUAUGAGCCAAGCUGGCCAGAGCCUACUGCACAGCCAUGGACCUGGAGGCCGUGGCUUCCCAGCUCACGGCUGACCUGUAAGAGGUGUCUGUCUGGAGAUUACCAUGCUCUGGUGCUGCACAGCCUCAGGGGCUGGCACCAGAGGAGGCGCCCCCUCUCCUGCCAGCUCCUCCCCCAGGAGCCCUCCUACCUCAUCCGGCCUUGUUCAAGACAAGGUGCUGCCAGCCCGCUGGGCUACUUGCGCUUUGAGCCAUGGCUGAGCUGGAGAUCAUGAGCAUCGGGCCGCAGCUGACGCUGCUGGUGUGGCAGAGGCUGGGACCCCUGCUCUGUUCCUACUUUCCUGAGGCAGAGCACCAGUACCUCUACUCUGUCUUUGGCAGGGCCACCUCGAGGGUCACAGAGGCGGCCCUUCCCCAGGUGACUGGUCAGCGCUACACCCACAAGGACCUGCACAUCCUGAUGAGCCACACCAGCAGGUCGGCAACAAAGGCUUUUGCUCACACCAUGCAGGACCUGCGGCAGGCCACCGUCAUCAGGGAGCCCAUGGCUGGAGGGGCCCUCUCUGUGGGCAUCUACCAGGUGGGCAGAAGUCCCCUAUAUGCCUCCAUGCCCACGCCGAUGGCCCUGAGUGCCAGCACUGGCGAGACCUGGGUGGCAGGAGGAGAGCCUGACAUCACCGUGCCCAUGAGCGAGGCCCUUUCAUGCCUGGACAAAGCGGGCCUGCAUGCCAAGAUGCCCCCUGUGCUGCAGACCACCGGAACGGUCUCAGAUAACUAUGCCUCCCCUGAUGUGGCUGCCAAACUGAGCCAUCUGCAGAGCUGUUAUUCGAGGGUGACCUCUGAAGGCGCUGGCUGAGAUGCUGGGGCUGACCUGCAGGUGCUGUCUGGGGGCCCACACCUGAAGACAGCCCAGAUUCCUGAGCAUCGUGCCUAUGCAGAGGAGUCGGGCAGUAUGGAGGAGGCUGGCAGCGCCAGGCCCAGCACCGGGCCUGUGCGGAGACUGGGACCAUAG